UCGACACCAGGCUUGCUCGUGCUCGAUUCUCAAGUUGGGGAACGAGAGGAUGAUGGAAGUUGUGGUUCUGAAGCUCCCAUCCUUCCAAUUCAUAAACCCUAGUCGCUGCAGUUCCUGUUUCUCCUCCACUCUCCGCAACUCUCCUUCCUCCGCACUCCGCAGAUUUUCCUCUCCUUUCUCAGUUUCCGCUUCUGCUUCCACCGCCACGGAAACCGACAGCUUACAUUUCGCCUCUCUUUCGCUUGGCCACACAACCCGCCCCGAUUUCCCCAUCCUCCAUCAGGAAGUAAAUGGCUCUAAGCUUGUAUACUUGGACAACGCUGCUACCUCUCAGAAGCCCAUUGCUGUGUUGAAAGCUUUGCAGAAUUAUUAUGAGGCUUAUAAUUCAAAUGUUCAUCGUGGAAUACACUACUUGAGUGCGAAGGCAACUGAUGAGUAUGAGCUGGCAAGAAAAAAGGUUGCUUCUUUUGUCAAUGCAGCAGAAGCAAGAGAGAUUAUUUUUACCAGGAAUGCAACUGAAGCUAUCAAUCUAGUGGCUUAUUCUUGGGGCCUAGCUAAUUUAAAAUCAGAGGAUGAGAUCAUACUUACGGUUGCUGAACAUCAUAGUGCAAUUGUCCCCUGGCAACUUGUGGCUGAAAGGACGGGUGCUGUUCUGAAGUUUGUGAGUUUGGAUGAACAUGAUGUUCCGAAAUUGGCAGAUUUAAAGGAGAUGUUUACAACAAAAACGAAGCUUGUGGUUACCCAUCAUGUUUCAAAUGUACUAGCAUCUGUUCUUCCAAUUGAAGAUAUAGUUGGCUGGGCACAUCGUUUUGGGGCAAAAGUGCUAGUAGAUGCAUGCCAGAGUGUUCCACAUAUGGUUGUUGACGUCCAGGCACUUGACGCUGACUUUCUUGUUGCUUCUUCUCACAAGAUGUGUGGGCCUACAGGCAUCGGAUUUUUAUAUGGAAAGAGUGAUCUCUUGUCUGCAAUGCCUCCAUUCUUAGGUGGUGGAGAGAUGAUCUCAGAUGUAUUUCUUGAUCAUUCCACAUAUGCAGAACCUCCUUCAAGAUUUGAGGCUGGGACGCCAGCAAUUGGAGAAGCAAUUGGGUUGGGAGCUGCUGUUGACUAUUUGUCUGGAAUCGGCAUGCAAAAGAUACAUAGUUAUGAAGAAGAAUUGGCAAGAUAUCUAUAUGAAAGCCUUCGUGCAGUCCCCAAUAUUCGCAUUUACGGACCAGCUCCCACAGCAAAUGUGCAACGUGCUGCUCUGUGUUCUUUCAAUGUUGAGAAUAUUCAUCCAACGGACAUUGCAACUUUUCUUGACCAACAGCAUGGUGUCGCUAUCAGAUCGGGACACCACUGUGCGCAGCCCCUCCACCGUGCUCUAGGGGUCAGCUCGAGCGCCCGAGCUAGCCUAUACUUCUACAACACGAAAGAGGAUGUCGACUACUUUAUCCAGGCUCUAAAUGACACUGUAAGUUUCUUCAACUCUUUUAAGUAGAGUUCUGGUAAUACACUUCCUGGUUUGGUUGGUGGGUCCACCUAAACCUUCUAGAAUGCAAGGCUUGUGUUGUAUAUACUCUGUUUUUUUUUUUAAAGAAAGUAUUUGCUCUGAUUGUCUUGAGAAUUGUGACAUUUACUACCAGAUCUAUGCCCAUGUAAUCUCAUUGUAAAGACCUUAGAUUUCUCCUAGUUUUUAGUUUAUUUAUAAGUUAUUAAAUUAAGUUAAUGCUUCCAUGAACUCCAA